CACGGAUUGAACGCUAAAUGUAAACAAAUAUAUCGUUGUGUUUAUCACUGAAUUUGAUCCCAAAUAAACUCUUGUAAACCAUUUGUUUGAUCGCAUUAUGAGAGCUGUUAUACAAAGAGUACAAAACGCUUCGGUCGUCGUGAACGACGAGAUUGUGUCCCAAAUCGGAAGAGGUUUAUGUCUUCUCAUCGGUAUAUCACGUGAUGACAGACCCGAAGACAUGGACUACAUGGUUAGAAAGAUAUUGAGUUUACGUGUGUUUGACAGCGAAGACGGGAAGCGAUGGUCAGACAGUGUGGUCGACAAGAAGUAUGAGAUCCUGAGUGUCAGUCAAUUCACUCUAUACUCUCAUCUCAAGGGAAAUAAACCCGACUUUCAUCACGCGAUGGACUCUAAGAAAUCGCAACUCUUUUACGACCAAUUCGUGACUAAAUUGAGACAAUCCUAUGAAUCGGAUCUAAUAAAAGACGGUGUAUUCGGGGCUCUAAUGGCAGUGAAUAUCUGUAAUGACGGACCCGUUACCAUCACUUUGGAAUCGCCAUCACUUAAACAAUCAUCCGCUCGACACCAGACCACGGAUCAGAUACCAGAUGACAGACCAAACCUGUUGUAAACCAAUUGUAAAAUAUAUGUUAAAUUAAAUUAAAUUGUAAUGAAUAAAAGUUUUAAUUGAAAA